GAUUUUUGUAAGGCUGACAAUCGGUUAUAAAAACGAAUUAAAUCAAACUUUAGACAUCAGUUGCUCUCCAAGUCUAAAAGACCAACAAAACCAACAACAUGAACUCCUUCGCUGUAGUCUUCCUUGCUGCUUUGGCUUGCGCCAAUGCCGGUGUUCUCGUUGCUCCAGCCGCCCGAGUUCUCCAGGGACCUAGCAGCAGUGCCACCGUCAUAGGACCUGAUGGUAGCUCCAUCUCGUCUGUUGCUCCUGGCGGUGCCGUCGUUGCUGACGCCACCCCCGGAGUGGUCGCUGCUGCUGCUCCCGUUGUUGCUGCCGCUCCCGCUGUUGUUGCUGCUCAGCCCGCAGUUCUUGCCAGAUCUGCAGUGGUCGCAGGUCCUUCUGCCCUGGUUGCCGGCCCUGCUGCCUGGGCCGCUCCCGCUGCUUUGGCGGCUCCGUCUGUGUUGGCAGCUCCCGGUCUUGUCGCUCGUUCUUCUCUUUUAGGUUCCACUGUUAUUGCGGGACCUUCCGGUACUGUUACUGCCUCUCAGCCUUUGGCUGCUGCUCCUUUGGCUGCACCCUGGGCUGCUCCUUUGGCUGCUGCCGUAUGGUAAUUCCAGACUGACUUAGACCAAUUAAGCCAAAUAAUUAAAUGACGGUACCUUAUCAGCAGUCCGGUAUUUAAACAAAAAUGUAAAAAAAAUGCGUCCGUGAUGGUUGUGAUUGAUAAAUGUAAUAAAUAUUUUUGUAUAAAAAUG